UGCCCCACAGGCCACAGCCCACAUAAACACCACCCGCGACAUCUCCCUCGAUCGAAAAGGCAAGAAACGUGAAGGCAGGAGACGACGGCAGAGGCGAGGCACCCAACACUCGUGACUUCGUGAGUCCAAUCGAAGCGAGCCCCCGAGCAAUUCUUCACAGCAGUGAGGAGAACCCCUAAUCAGAGCAGACCAGCAGCAGACUGCGCGCAAAUGUUCAAGUCGCGGCUGCAGGAGCUGUGCCAGCGGCGGCGGUGGGCGCCGCCGGUGUACGAGCACACCCGCGAGGGCCCCGACCACGUGCCCCUCUUCCGCGCCACCGUCGUUGUUCAUGACGAGAAGUUCAGCUCCCCCGACGAAGGGGCGCGGUCGGCCAAGGAGGCGUACAACCUCGCCGCCAUGGCCGCCUUCGAGCACCUCACCGCGCUCCCGGCCGAGGCCCCUGUCCCGGUUCCGGCCGCUCCAGCGCCUCCGCAGCCCGAGACCCAGAUUCCUUACAAGAGUCGAUUACAAAUUUAUGCUCAGAAGCGAGGCAAACAGCUGCCUUCAUAUCGUACCAUUUAUGGAGGCUCUCUUCAUGCAGCUCUAUUCAAGUCAGAAGUAACCAUAGAUGGGCAAACAUUUGAGAGCCCAGAAUACUGUCGCACACUGAAAGAAGCUGAAACUGCUGCUGCCGAAGUUGCUCUGAUGUCCUUACCUAAAGAAGCAAGCCCACCACUGCAAUCGCUGGUUCCAUCAGUAUCUUAUAAGAAUCUUCUACAAGAACUGGCUCAGAAAGAAGGCUUUCCCUUGCCUGUCUACGCUACAACUUCAGAUGUCUCAAAUCAUUCUGCUGCCUUCAUAUCAACUGUCGAAAUUCAAGGUACAACUUUUCAGGGAGAGCCAGGGAACACUAAGAAGCAAGCAGAGAUGAAUGCUGCUAGGGUUGCUUUUCAACAUUUCAAAGACAGGGACAAAGGCUCUGCUUGUUCUGCUGUACCUGGAGGAUCAUGCAUGCAACAAGGAACCAAGAACCUGUUUUCUGGACAAAAUAUCAAGAUUCUAUCCUCCAAGCAACAAGGAACUGAGAACCUGUUUUCUGGACAAAAGAUCAAGAUUCUAGAACCUGAAGUUCCCGUUGUAUCAACAGCAACGCAUGGCAAGGAUAAUGACUUCGAUGCUAUAAAUCAUGAUGCUAGAUCAGCUGGCUCUGCUAACCGACUUCCUGUUGCUGCUACAACACAAUCUAUUGAUGAAAACGCUCAAUCUGUAAAGCUGGAAAUUGACAAAUUAUCCCUUCCAGAGCCAAGCACAGAAGUUGAAGCAAUGAAUUCAUCUCCAGAAGUUAACAAACUGCCCCUUUCAGAGCCAAGCAUGGGCAUUGAAGUAAUGGACUCAUCAUCAGAAGUUGACAAACUGUCCCUUCCAGAGCAAAUCAUGGAUGUUAAAGUUACGGACUCGUCUCUGAAAGUUGACAAACUGCCCCUUCCAGAACCAAGCACAGAACUUGAACUGAUGUACUCAUCUCUGCAAGAGUAUGAACCACCCAUUCCAGAGCCAAGUACAGAAGUUGAAGUCAUGGAUUCAUCUCUGAAAGUCAGCGAACCGCCCAUUCCAAAGGCAAGCUCAGAAGUUGAAGCAACAGACUCAUCCCUGGAACACACACCGACUGUGAAUGGUCACUCACCCCUCGUAGCCCCAACCAGUACCUCUAGCCUCACCGUGCCAACUGCUACCAUGCCUGUCAGCUCCGACGGAUGCGGCUGCUACAUGUUAACCAACAGAAUCCAAGUUUACCCUCGCAACACUGACAUGGCUAUCCCUGAAGGCGCAACCAUGCUCCCCUUCAGCGACGAUAUGUGGGUGGCAGUCAGCUUGCCUUACCGCAACAACAACGAAGAUGGCGAGGCUGCCGCUUAGGAACAUUGGAGCACACAAGAGGAGAAUUGACGGGUGAUCUUGUGAUGCUGGUGUAGCCUGCGCCAAGCUUAAGUUAUCUUCGUUUCGUGCUAGUAUUUAGGCUAACUAUACAGCCGUUCGCUGCGACUAUAACUAGCAUUUCUGAUAUGGACAGUUUUUAACUUCAAUUGUAUCUGGCCGAAGCUGCCUGCUCAAUUAUGUGAGCGAACCUAAUCCUGACGGGUUAUAAACUGAGAAGUAGAGAACCUGAACUUUAAAUGGACCAUCCGCAGCAUUCGUCUUGAGUUUU